AUGAUUUCGAACAUGAACCAAAAUAAUGUAUUCAUUCGUUUCGGUCUUUUGUUCCUAUUGAUAAGCAACCUUAAUGCAGCACCGGAAAGUUUGUAUCCCGAAGAACCGGAAUUGUACAAAGACGAGCUGGAAUCCGAAUUGACCAAAAUUCGGGAAGAUGAAAUUGAAAGUGUCCAAUCGCGUGAUGACGGAGGAAAGAAACGUUCGCGGUCGAUUGUGAACGCAAUACGCAAUUUUAUGCAUGCGGAUGUGCAGACCAGUAGUGAAGAUGAACGGUUACUGGACGAACUUUUAAGCGUAUUAUACCAGUUCGAGGGCGGUAUUGCACGUCUAACCCAUCUGUUUGGUUGUAUCUAUCACUAG